AUGGUUACUGGGUCCAGAACCGCCGAUAAUCGGGUGAUGGGACUCGAUGAUGAAGAUAGAAAGGUGAUUCAAUCGAUAAAGGAAGUUGUGGGUAAUCACUCCGACGCCGAUAUCUACAUCGCCUUAAAAGAAGCUAACAUGAACGCCGAUGAGGCUGUGCAGAAGCUGAUUCAUCAAGAUCCAUUCCACGAGGUGAAGAGAAGAAAAGACAGGAAGAAAGAGGAUGCAGUAUCUGUUGAGCCUGCUAACAAGAAGAAACCUAUUGAAAAUGUUACCACUGAAGCGAAAGUUCCUACACAGCCUGAACACAAUGUACGGAGAGGAGGCUACAGUAGGAAUAUAUUCCCCAGGAACGCUGCUCCACGAAAUGCAUUUCCUAGGAAUCCUGCUGUUGGGUCUAAUAAAGAGUUUCGCGUUGUUAGAGACAACAGGUCUAAUCCAAAUGUUGAUGAAGAGAUGAAGCAUUCUUCCGCCCAGUCUUCUGGAUCAAAUAUUAGCAAAUUAGUGGCCACGGUGGACAAAAAAGGUUCAACAGGUGGUUUAGGCAAUCAUCGCUCUUCUGGUGCUCAAGAUUUUGGUGACGAUUGUAAUGCAUCAGCAUAUGUCAAGCGUAGGCAUGCUGAAAUUGCUCCAUUGCACCGUCCUACCAGAAAAGAAUUCUCUGCUGGAAAGCAGACAGCACAUGGAGCUACUUUGCCAUCAACCAAUUCAGUACUCGGUGUAUAUUUGUCUUCCACAGAUCCAGUUCAUGUACCAUCUCCUGUUUCUAGAUCAUCACCCGUGGGAGCUAUUAGACGUGAAGUAAGAGGUGGAGGUUUUGGUGGAAAACCCUCUGAAAAUGCUGGUAAAGAUCCGUCUGCGACUGCUGGUUCUUUGUCGGGGUCCUCGAUUAGAAAAAGCGGGACUCCAAACGCAUAUCAAUCAUCUGCCCCAGCUUCCAAGAUUGAUCAACCCAGUCAAACUACUACACGAGAGUCUGCUUUGCCCAGAGGUGUGGAAAAGAAUAGGCCUCUUUUGAACAGACAGCGUGGGAAUAGAGGGAGCCAAUAUGCUAGAACGCAACAACAAGUUGGUGGCCAUUCAAAAGGAGUCUCACAGAACAAGGAGUGGAAGCCUAAAUCAAUUACGAAACCUGUUGGACAUAACGAUGGAGUAAUUGAAACACCUACAAAGUCUCAGGCUUGUCCAGCUGAUAAUUCCAUAAACUUGGAAACAGAGUCUGCUAAGUUGCAAGAUAAGCUUUCGCAUAUUCAUUUCAGUGAAAGUCAGCAUGUUAUCAUCGCAGAUGAUAUUCGCGUCCCGGAGGCUGCUCGGUGUCAGCUGACUUUUGGUAACUUUGGUGAAGAGUUUAGCUUAUCAAGAAAUUCAGCAUCCGCUUUCCAGGAAUCAUGCUCUUCAGAAGAACUUAAAGAAUCUGAUCGUAGCCCGCCAGUAACUUCUCCUGAGGCUUUAACAGAUGGUCCGGGCAUUAAACCUAUAGAUAUUGUUGGUGAUGAUGCCAGAAUUUCUGGAUCUGACUCACCUGUCUCGGUGGCAUCUGAGCAACAGUUACCUGAACAGAAGGAGGCUCAUAGAUCUGGCAAUAAAGAUGAGUACUCGGGGAUUCAAUUGCUCAAUAGGAAUGGUCUACCUCAUACUCCUUUAGAGUUUGAACAGCAGCAAGAUGCUCCUGAGUUGCAUAAAAAUUCUGUAAGGUUUCUUGAAAUUGUACCUAGUAAAAUUGCAAGGCAGAUAAAUACACUCAAAACUGACACGCUGGUUCUUUUUCAGCAGGCAUAUGAUAAUCAUGGUAGUUAUGACUUUCCGUAUUUUAGUCCUGCAAUGGAUGAAAACGUGCGGGGACAAGGAUUACCAUCUCAGCAGGAGUUCCUCUCCCCAGUGUAUGUUCCCCAGAUGCCCAUGCCAGGCUACUCAGGUAACCAAGCAGCGUAUGCGCACCCUUCAAAUGGGAACAGCUAUGUGCUGAUGCCUGGGAACGGUUCGCAUCUGGGAUCAAAUGGUGUCAAGUAUGGCAUCCAGCAAUUCAAACCAGUCCCAACAGGUGGUCUUACGGGUUUUGGGAAUUACAACAACCCUAAUGGGUAUCAGAUUAACUCCCCCAAUGUAGUCGGAAACGCUAUGGGACUUGAAGAUCCAUCUCGCAUGAAAUACAAAGAUGGAAGCAUCUACGUUCCAAAUCCUCAGGCGGAGACUUCUGAGAUAUGGAUGCAAAAUCCAAGAGAUCUUUCGAGCCUUCAGUCUCCUCCAUAUUACAAUGUAGCAGGACAAACGCACCAUGGUGCUUAUUUGUCAUCGCAUUCCCAUACACAGCAUCCAUCCUUCAACGCCGCAGCAGCACAAUCUUCGCAGAUGCAGUUCCAGGGUCUCUUCCACCCGCAACAGCCUGGUGCAAUGGCGAAUCCGCACCACAUGGGACCUGGGCUUGGUGGUAACGUUGGAGUCGGGGUGGUUCCCUCUCCUCCGUCUCAGCUUGCUACAUAUCAGCAAUCACAACUUGGUCAUCCCAACUGGCCAGCAAACUUCUGA